AUGGCUGAUUCGAGUAUUGCAAAGGCAUAUCCUUAUGCAAACACCAACAAGCCCAAGGAGUAUUAUGACUACGAACAACUUCAAGUGACUUGGGGAUCGCAGGACGUCUAUGAAAUUAGCAGAAAAAUUGGCAGAGGAAAAUAUUCAGAAGUAUUCUCUGGUGUGAAUGCUCUGAACCAGCAGCAAUGUGUCAUCAAAGUAUUGAAACCUGUCAAGAAGAAGAAGAUCAAGAGAGAAAUCAAGAUUCUACAAAACCUGACAGGAGGACCUAACAUCAUUGGUUUAUUAGAUGUAGUGCGUGAUCCAGAGUCUCGAGUGCCUUGCUUGAUUUUCGAAAGCAUCAACAAUAUCGACUUUAGAACAUUGUAUCCUCGAUUCACCGACAUGGACAUCCGCUUCUACAUGUACGAAUUGUUAAAAGCUCUCGACUACUCUCACUCAAUGGGUAUCAUGCAUCGAGAUGUCAAACCUCACAAUGUCAUGAUUGACCAUGAAAAGCGACAAUUGCGACUCAUUGAUUGGGGAUUAGCUGAUUUCUACCAUCCUCAAGAGAAAUACAAUGUACGAGUUGCAUCCCGUUGUUUCAAGGGACCCGAGUUAUUGGUUGAUUUCCACUUCUACGACUACAGCUUGGAUUUAUGGAGUUUUGGUUGUAUGUUGGCUGGUAUGAUCUUUAGAAAGGAACCCUUCUUUAGUGGUGCAGACAACUAUGAUCAAUUGGUCAAGAUUGCUCGUGUCAUUGGUACUGACAAGUUGUAUGAAUAUCUCAAGAAGUACGAUUUGAAAUUACACCCUCAUAUUACAAAAGUGAUGGGAAAAUACCCUGUAAAGCCUUGGAGCAAAUUCGUUACAAGUGAAAACCAAAAGUACAUGUCAAAUGAAGUGUUUGAUUUAUUGGAUCAAUUGCUACAAUAUGAUCAUCAAGAUAGACCUACCGCCAAAGAAGCUAUGAAUCAUCCUUAUUUCGCUCCCAUCCGUCAGCAACAAUAA